AUGAGGCCUGAGAACCAGAGCAGCCUGUCCCAGUUCCUCCUCCUGGGGCUCCCCAUCCCGCCAGGGCAGCAGGGCGUAUUCUUCACCCUGUUCCUGGGCAUGUACCUGACCACGGUGCUGGGCAACCUGCUCAUCAUCCUGCUCAUCAGGCUGGACUCUCGCCUGCACACGCCCAUGUACUUCUUCCUCAGCCACUUGGCCUUCUCUGACAUCUCUCUCUCCUCUGUCACUGUCCCUAAGAUGCUCAUGAACAUGCAGACUCAGCAACAAUCCAUCUCCUAUGUGGGAUGCAUUUCUCAGAUGUAUUUCUUCAUACUUUUUGCUGGUCUUGACAAUUUUAUUCUGGCUGUGAUGGCAUAUGACAGGUACGUGGCCAUCUGUCACCCUCUACACUACACCACCAUCAUGAGGGAGGGGCUGUGUGUACUGCUGGUGGCUGGCUCCUGGAUUCUCUCCUGUCUCCAUGAUUUGUUGCACACUCUCCUCUUGGUUCAACUCGCUCCUGAAGCUGAGCUGCUUUCUUUCUGUGCUGACAAUACCAUCAUCCACUACUUCUGUGACCUCGCAGCACUCCUAAAGCUGAGCUGUUCAGACACCUUCCUCAAUGAGCUGGUCAUAUUCACUGUGGGAGGAAUGAUUUUAUUUUUGUGUAUUGGUGUUAUUUUGGGAUCUUACAUCCGUAUAGGGGCCAUCAUCCUCAGAGUCCCCUCCAUUAAGAGAUUUUCUAAAGCCUUUUCUACCUGUGGCUCCCAUCUCUCUGUGGUCUCUUUAUACUACGGUACAUCUACAGGUGUUUACUUUUCCUCCUCAUCAUGGGGUUCCAAAGACAUAAUUGCUUCAGUCAUGUAUACAGUAGUUACUCCCAUGCUGAACCCCUUCAUCUACAGCCUGAGGAACAGAGAUAUAAAACAGGCCUUAGAGAUGUGUGUCAAUAGGGUUAAAUUCUUUAAGCAGCAAAUACUAAAUCCUCUUAUUGCAGUCAGGAGCAUAGGGAGAUAG